UUGUGUGUAGCAGCCCCCAGUGGUCUGUUGUGGUGCAGCAGGUGCUAAUAAUAUUUUGUAACGUAUAAUAUGUAAUGCAGCAACCCUAAUAAUAAUAAUAAUGUAAUACUGAGUGUACAAAAACCCCCCACUUCUUCUAUAUUAAAUAAACGUGUAGGUUUAUGUAGAAUCUGCCUAAUCAGUUGAUUAGUUUUUGGCAGCUUUCAGGACCUGUUGCUAAGAUACGGGCUGUCCGCCAUCAUUGUAAACAGCCUGGUUUGAAUGGGACGUUUGGUGUAGCUGAGAGGAGAUGGCAAAGUUAGAAAAGGAAACGGUUAGUGUGCCUCCUCCUGGAAAAUGGACCUGGAACGAUGAAACACAAACCCUGGAGUUUACUUGUUUUAACAUCUCUGCUGGGAUUAAAAAGAAGAGAAAAGCCUCAAAGACAUCGUCAUACCAAGAGCUUGUUAGGGAACAUCUAGUAAAAAUUUCACAAUGCAAGUCUUCAGCCAAAGGAAGGAGCUCUGGUCUGAGGAAGCAUGUCAGAUCUGCUGAGCUGGACACCCACAAGGCUGCUGCAGAAUGCUCACAGGGGGACUUGAUCACCAUUGAGGAUAUUAAACAGGUGGCAGUCUCGUUAAUGCAGGAGAAGGAUGCACUGCCCAUUCCACUUUGCUUUUGGACUGUGAUUAAGAGUAAGGAGCUGGACGAGUUUCUGGCUGCUCUUUUGCUGUACCUGCACUGCUACUGGCGGAGGAAGGCUCUGGAGGACAGGUCCAAGCCCCUCAUGGUGGAGCAGAGUGUGACAGAGCAGCAGAUGACAGCAGAAGAAAGCGUUAAACUGGAGCUGGCCAAGAAGCACCUGGCCGUCUGUUACUCCAGUCUGGUGCUGGGGCAGGGUCUCUCCCAACAGCACCACAUGGCCUGUGGCAGGAGCAGGGUGUCGUCCACUUACAGAGAUAGGCAUCUGUAUGAGUGUCUGUACAGCUUCUUCUGCUAUGUGGCAUGGAUCACCUUUGGAAGGCGGGAUCUAAAGGGCAUUCAGACUGAGAUUGGUCGCUUGCUGCGCCCUGACACCUUCAAUCCUGCCCUGAGGGCUCAAAGGAACGAACCAGAGGAGGAAGAAGAAGAGCAAGAGAUCACCCAGGAAGAGAGUCAGCCCGAGACCAUUCCAAGCAUCAGGAAGUCUCGGCAUAGGUUGGGCCUAGUCUCUAUGUUGACCCAGUGCUCACCUGUCAUGAUGUCCAUCCUGCCUUCCACACGAGAAAAAGCAUCUAAUUUGUUCCAAAGCCCCAGCCUCCACAAGCAGCAGCCAGAUAAGCUUAUAGACACAGAUGUUCUGAUGAAGGAGCUCAGCCAACAGCUGGCAUCGUGCAGAUUUGGUAUACUGGGAGAACCUCUGAGCCAGUUGAGACACACCAUAAUGAUGCCCCAUGGAGCCAAGAAGGAGGAAGAAGAUGCGGACGAUGAAGACCAUGUUGAUGAUGAUGAUGACGACGAUGAUGAAAACGAUAAUCUGCUAAGAAAUAAUAUGGGUAGGAAGACCACCUUUAUGCACCAGAGAUCUGCCACAACGACAGCAGAGAAACGCCGCAGCUUGAGCCGGGCUCACACUGUGACCUCGAGAGCCACCACAGAGGCACCGUUAUCAGAUACGGAAUGAACUUUGUUGUGUGUGUACAUGUGUAUGUUGUAGGGGUGUAAUGCAGUGCCAUUAUCUGUAUCUGUUUAGGGCUCAAAAUAAUAGUAUCUGUUUUUGUAUUCAGUGAAGUGGGUGUGGUCUAGAAUGUUAGAUUUUUUAAUGUUAACUAGAAACACUAGAAAACACUGAAAUACAAAUCUGCUUUAUGUAAAAAAAAAGAAGCAAUUUUUCAUCCACAAAUGAUACCAUUAUGCUCUGCAAAUAGCAAUUUGCAGAUCAGCACUUUAUGCAACUCCUGAACCAGAUGCUGUGUGGAACAUUCUGGAAAGCUUUCUAUCUUCUGUCUAAUGUGACUGAAUAAGCUAGCUAACUAUGUUUCAAAACAACAAUGUCCUUUCCGUAAUUGAUAAUAUGUUAUUCAGGCUACACAUAUAUUUGACACCAAUAGCCAUCUAAUGACAUUUGAUCAGGUUUACUUUAUUAUUUUUUUGGUCACAUUUGUUACAAUGUCUGUUACAUUACAGAAAGAUCAGAAAGUUUGCUGGACACACUUUCAGAAUCUGUUAUUAAACUGGGACACACUUACAGUGUAGCUGCGAGUCAAAAUGGGAUCCUUUAAGCAAUAUUUCAUUAUAAUGCUCAAAGGACAUUCGGAUAACAUUUUCUUUGAAUAAAAAGAACGAUCAUUUAAGAAUGACAAUUGUACAAGAUUUUCAAAAACAAUUAAAUGAUCAUUUUUGGAGUGCAGACAGAG